AUGUCAAUGCCUUUUCUUGGAAUAAAUCGGCCAAUUCAACCGAUGACUAAUAUAUCUAAUAAUCAGUCAACUACAAAGAAACGUCCUUUAUCUCCUAUGCCACCAGUUGAUCCUGCUUCAAAAAAUAAACAACGUGCAAACAGCCAUUUAAAUGUUUCUAUGAAUUCCACGAGCAAAAUGUUACAAAAAUCACCACACGGAGAGAAUAUGAAUGUUAAUUACACUUCUGCUUAUAUAUCCUCUCCAAUGUCGGUCCAAUUUUCUAAGAAUAAACAGCGUACAAAUAACCAUUCAAAUAUUCCUAUGAAUUCGACUAAUAAAAUGUUAAAUUCACAAAAUGGAGAGAACUUGAAUGUUAUUUACGCACAAUCUGCUUAUCUGUCUCCAUCAUCACUGUCAGACCAAUUUUCUAAAAAUAAGAAUCGUAAGUCCUUGCCUAAUCAACAAAACAUACCCUUUAUUCGGGGAUCAAACCAAAAUUUUAAUGCUAAAAUUGAAAAGUCUACAAGGCCUUUACCCGAUGUGUUCUAUAAUAUGGAUUACAUCAAUUCAAGAUAUAAUACAGUAGAUGUUAAUUCAAAGAAAGAAAAUGAAUCUUGGUUAAAGUAUCCAAAAAAUUUUCUUGGUGGUAUCAUUCAAAAUCCUAUUAGGUGGGAGACAUUCGGUCCUGAUGACAAUAUAUUGCACAGAGCAACCAUUACAUUGGAAAUUGCUGGCACCACAAUAAUUGGUCAUGGUGAUGCAAGGACCAAAAAAGAUGCUGAAAAGAUCGCUUUUUUAAAUUCAUGUUACAUUAUUGAGGCUCAAGGCUUAAUGAUCCAUUUGAUUUCUCCAUCUGGUCAACGUCAGAAUAUUAUUCGACAAUCAGUUCAACAAAGCUCAGAGAUUGAUUAUAAGAAGCAAGUGAUUGAAUAUUGUGCAGCAUUUGAUUAUGUUCCACAUUUUGAAGUCUUUGGUGUAGGACCCGAUCAUGAAAAACAAUGGGAAGCUGUUGUUGAACUUCCUUCUCAAGGUUUAAUAGGUCGUGGACGUGGUAGGACCAAAAAAGAAGCAGAAAUUAAAGCUGCAGAGGCUUUUAAGAAGCAUGCUGAAGAAUAUAAAGCACUUCAUGGUGAUGAACUCAUUUCAAAAACCGAGGGUAACACGAUGUCGGAAGAUGUUGCAAGAAAUUUUAUCCGAUUUUAUUGUAGAUUCUUUAAAUUCAAAAAUCCAGAAUUUGGUUACAGAAGUAUUGGACCGAGUCACAGUACAUUAUGGGAGGCAUCUUUGAUAGUUCAAGGUUUAACUAUUGGUUCAGGCAAAAGAUCUAGCAAACGUGAAGCUCAAGCUGCUGCAUAUUUGGAUGCCGCAAUAGCAUUACGUAAAGAUUCACCAAAUCUUUGGGAGAGAUUUGAAAUUGAUAAAACCAAAGUAAAAAAUUCGAACAAACCACCACCGUUAAUAAAUGCUUCAAUAAGUGAAUCAGUUACUCAUACUCUUAAUCGACUGGUCAAUGACCUAUGCGAUGUCGGCAUACUUCGUUCGGAUGACAACAAAUCAGUUGAUUCUCAAGAUAAUAGUUCAAAAUCCGACCAAGCUUUUGAAGAUCAAAUAAAUCAGAGAGAGAAUAAGAACAAGAGUCAAUUUACAGCCCGCUAUCUUAACACCAGAUCGGAAAAGCUUUAUCGAGACCACCAACAUUAUUUGUGUUCUAAGCAAACGGAAAAGAUCCGCUUUAAUCGCAACCAACUUCCGAUUACACAUUAUUCCAACGUAAUACUUGAGGCGAUUGAAAACCAUCCUGUGGUUGUUAUUGUUGGAUCAACUGGCUGUGGUAAAACAACUCAGUUACCCCAAAUGAUUUUUGAGGAUGCUAUCAUGAAUCAGCGAGGUUCACUAUGUAAUAUUAUUGUAACUCAACCACGAAGAAUUGCUGCCAUAUCAGUAGCCCAACGUGUUGCUUAUGAGCGUUCAGAAAAACUUGGUCAAACUGUUGGAUAUCACGUUCGAUUUGACGCAGUAGAACCAGCACCGACCGGAAGUAUUUUAUACUGCACUACAGGAGUACUUCUUCGACGAAUGCAUGAUGAAAAAAACGGAAUAGAUGCGUUGAAAGGCGUCACUCAUAUUGUAGUGGAUGAAGUACACGAAAGAGAUAUGAAUGCAGACUUUUUACUAGUAAUAUUGAAGCAAAUUCUUCGUGAAAGACGUCUUCAUAAUAGACCACCGAUUAAAUUGAUUCUUAUGAGCGCAACGAUCGAUACAGGCAUUUUUUCUGAAUAUUUUGGUGAAUUCUUCUCGACUGGAAGGUGUCCUGUUGUCGAAGUUCCUGGUAAAAUAUUUCCGGUACAACAAUUCUUUUUGGAGGAUCUUGUCUCAAAAUUGCGUACGCAUUAUGGAUCAUUAGAAGCACCACAAUUAGGUUAUUCGGACACUUUAAAAUAUGUUGAUCGUGAAAUGCAAUUUGCUCAAAUGCGCAAAUCUUCUAAAUUGUUGCCACAAAAAAUGAACAUUCAAACGAAAUCCAAUGCUGAAAUUCCUUAUAACUUGAUGGCAUUGGUAAUUGCGCAUAUUGUUAAUACUUCUGAGGAAGGCGCUAUCCUAGUAUUCUUACCUGGAUUGGAAGAAAUAAUGGCUUUAAAUCGGCUUCUCACUUCUUCACCAUACCCACUUGGUAUUGAUUUUUCUAAUCAUUCUAGGUUUAGAAUUCAUUUUCUCCAUUCUUCUCUUCCUUCAUUAUCUCAACAAGAAGUAUUUGAAUCACUUCCAAAUUCUAACAUGCGAAAAAUUAUUUUGGCAACUAAUAUUGCGGAGACAUCUAUAACUAUCCAAGAUGUUGUUUAUGUGGUCGAUUCCGGCAAAGUUAAAGAAAAACGAUAUGAUCAGUCAAAAAGAAUGACAAAUUUAAUUACUACCUGGAUAAGUCAAUCUAAUUCUCGUCAACGUUCGGGCAGAGCCGGUCGUGUUCGUAAAGGCGAAUAUUAUGUGAUGAUGACACGUGCUCGAUAUCAAAUUCUUGAAGGUUACUCUACUCCCGAGAUGCUGCGAUCUGAUUUGCAAGAGAUUUGUCUGCAUAUUAAAGCACUUGGUCUUCCGGCAACGAUUGGCGACGUUCUUUCACAAGCUAUUCAACCUCCAGAUCAAGCUAGUGUUUUUGCUGCUCUAGAGAAUUUGAAGUCCUUGCAAGCAUUAGAUUAUAAUGAGAACCUAACUUCUUUAGGGAAGGUGCUGGCUACACUUCCUAUGGAGCCAGGCUUGGGUAAGAUGGUGCUAUUGGGUGCCAUAUUUCAAUGUCUAGAUCCAAUUUUAACAAUUGGCGCAUCUAUGGCCUCAAAGAAUCCAUUUUUGUCUCCGCCUUAUGCUAAAGACCGUGCUGAUGAGAUUAGAUUUUAUUGGUCACAAGGAUUAGCAUGUGAUCACUUUGCGGUUUUAAAUGUUUAUAAAGCUUGGUAUGAAAUUCAUUCAUCAGGUGCAUUACAAGCUGCUAAUAAAUUUUGUUCCGAUAACCUAUUAAGCAGGCCAUGCUUGCAAACUAUUGAACAAAUCAAACUCCAAUUAUUAAGCCUCUUGGAACGUGCUGGAGUUGUGCCAACAUAUUACCCUAAACGGGAUCAUAAUCAUCAUCAUCGUUACUUGGCGUUAGGACCACCAGAAUAUAAUUUGAACUCUAAUUGUAUUCCACUCCUUCGUGCAUUAAUUUGUGCUGGAGUGUAUCCUAACAUUGCAUUAAAGACUUCGAAAAAAACAUUUCGAACUAGACACGAAAAUGCAACCUUCAUUCAUCCAGCUUCUGUGAAUUAUAAAGAGCGAGCAGCAAAAUUAGCAGCGACCAUGAAGAAUAGCCAUAACUUGAAACGAGGCAAUGAAAUUGAUGAAAAUUUAAUUGCGCCUAUAGGCACACUUUAUGCAUAUUCGUCCAAGGUUAAGACUAGUGGGCAACAAGUAUUUCUUAGAAGUACAACACGCAUCGAUCCAUUAUCAACAAUACUCUUUGGUGGUGAAAUUCGAACAAGUAGUCAAUCAAAUAAUUUCUUAAUCGUUGAUGAUUGGUUACAAUUUAUUGGUGAAAAUAGUUCUUUUGCAUUGGUGAAUAAAUUAAAAAUACUUUUAGAUCGGUGUUUAACGCGAAUAUAUGAAAAAUUGGAGGUAACUCAAUUGAAUGGAAACAAUACGCCUCAACAUACAGCGGAGAAUAAAUCUGAUGAUAUUGAUAAACAGAUUAAAAUAAUGCUUGUUCGGGGAAUUGUUGAAGUCUUAGAGAAUUCAGAUCGUGAUUUAAUCAAAAAACAGCAAAAUGGGAAUUACAACAGAUCGC